AUGCCCUCGCAGAGAAUUAAAUACGCUCUGGCUCAUUUAUCGCGCGAGGAACACACUGCGCAAUUAGCGCGUCCAAAUUGGAGAAGGCUUCGCAGAAUCGACAUAAAUGUCUCGGCGAGCCCUUUUACAGUUCGACGCGCUGCUCUAAGGAGCCGCGCCUCCAAGCGCAUCCGGGUUAUGGCGCAACCGAAAUUCGUAACUAAGAAAUAUGAUCCCGCCACGGCGCCAUCCCCGUAUCGGCGUAUUCACCCGAAGACACUCGCAGCGAAAAGCACCAGACGUAUCGUCGAUCUGGCGUUACCCAGGAGAAGACUUCUGCUGGAGACGAUGAAAUUGGCAGCUACCAAAAACAUGAAGGCAACCGUGAGCGAUCUGCUGGUGAAGGUUCGAAAGUCGCGUUACCAGCGGUAUCGCGUAUUCUGCAACGCGCGUCAAGAACGAGAAGCGAGGAAAAAGCGAAGACGAAUGGCCAAAUUGCGCAGGGCUCUCACAAGACCGGAAGACUGGCAAAGGCACAUGCGGGUCCUAGAAAGACUGGCCGCGCCUAAAGUUGCCGUAAGGCCCAAAAAGAGAAGAAUUAAGAAGAAAAAGUGGCGACCGGUCAACAUCGAGCGUAUAAAUUUUCUGGCCCUGCCGGCGAUUCGAGUACCGCCGAAAUUCAGGGAUCCGUUCAAGGUGCCAGCCCGUGCGCUUACUUAUCGGAUCAGCAAACGAACGGAGAGGCUCGCGGUCCGAAAAAAAGGACCGGAAAUUCAAUUGCGAAUCCCCGGCGCAGUUACGCCGGCCGCGAUGAAAGCCAUCGCUUCCGAGAGAGUAAUCGCCCUGGCGAAACCCGUCCAGCGCCCUACGGGAAGGCAGACGGAUCUUCGUGAAGAUGCCUUUGGUGUUUCGCCGACGGCGUUAAAGGCGAGAUGUUCCAGACGUCUCAAGAGUCUCGCCAAACCGAAGAAAUACCCUAAACCCGUCUUCAAGAGAUUGAGAACCGCGCUCAAACGAUGA